AUGGCAUUUUACAUAAAUAAACAAACGAAAAUCAAAGAUAGUUAUCAGUUUGACUCUGUUGAAAAUAAUUUGAACAAAUCACACACAUUAAGCCCUACAGUAGUAGGUUCAAGUGUAAUAGCCUUAGUUUACGAUUAAGGAGUGAUAAUAGGUACUGACACAAUCUGUUCUUACUAUUCAAGUUUAAAAUUCACUAAUGUGUAAAGAGUAGAAAAAUUAACUGAUAAUUGUGUUUAUACAGCUACUGGUGAAUUUGCAGAUUUCUAAGAAGUAGUCCGUUUAACAUAAGAAAUGACAAACUAGACUUUUUUAAAUGAUGAUAAUAUAAGUUAUACUCCUUAAGAUUAUGCACAUUAUAUUUCUUAAUUACAAUACCAUUAUAGAAAUAAAAUGAACCCUAUUUACCUUUGGAGUGUUAUUGGAGGAUUUUAUUAAGGAAAGCCUUACUUGGCUUAGGUUGAUCCUUAUGGCACUUAUUUAGAACGUAAGCAAGUUUCUACUGGUUUCGGAGGAUAUUUAUCAGGGGCACUUAUUGAUAAUAAUUGGAAUCCUCAAUCUAAUUUAGAAUAAGCUAAAUAGGUUAUUUAAAAAUGUUUUGAAUCUCUAUAUUAUAGAGAUACAAAAGCUCAUGAUGUUAUUUAAAUCACAAUUGUCGAUAAGGAUGGGAUUAAAAUGGAAAAACCUCACAGAAUUUAAAGUAAAUGGAAUUAUUAAGGAUUUGUAGAAAGAGCUAACGAAAAAAUACAUACUUAAUGA